GAUUAUUCACGUCUAGUAGUUAAUCUAGUAUACAUUCAGAGUCGUGAUGGAAAUUUCCAAGUACACGUCUUCAUGUCUAAUGUGUCAGCAGUUACUGAUAAAAUAGUCUGUAGCUACAUUCGCAAGUGCUAUAGUAAAUUUUACUUCUUUGCUCUUAACAGUUUCUGUAAUGGUACAAUGCCGCAAGUAAUUCACUAAUUGACGUAACAUACUAGUGAACUCGUAAAUAGCGGUAAACACUUUACUCAAAGUUAGAUGAAUGCAAACGUAAGAAAAAAAUAUUUUGUUGGAACGUCUGAAGUAAAGUGAGUCAUCGCACCUGGUUUCCACAGAAUCCGAUGCUUGCCUCAUCACACAUGAGCAUAGCCCUUAUAGAAGGUCUCUGUUGUCAACUGAAGCCGCCGCGAGGACGACUUCAUGAUGGACACUAGAGACAGACAAAGGUCCUCAGCACAUUCGUCAGAUUCCUCUACUGGAGAACCUAUAGCGGUCAGACGACGCGUAGACAUGGAAGGCCACUUCACCGCUGUCAGACAUCGACGGAAAGAUGAUCGUGAACAGUGUCACAGGCCAGAGGAAACUAACAAAUACGGUCUGAGUUGCAAUGAAACCCGCGUCGAACUGACUCUCACCUCACAACAAGAUCUAAACUUAAAGGUUGAAACAGAGGAUUCCGAAAGUUCUGACGGCAUCUUAGCAGAAUACGCAAAUGUGUCUAUCAUUGAUAGCGACUUGUACAACUGGGUCACUGAGAAAACAUGGCGCACGGAUAGCUGUCGAUGGCGAAAGAUGUCAGCCCCGAGACACUCAGCACAUGUGUCCGGUGACGAACAGCAGCAGAAAGAUGGCUUCCUUCUCGGUGGGUCGCCUCAGAGCUGCAACAGGAGUGAGCGAAGUUUCACGAGUGAUAAAGACACUGUUAUGUCGAAUGAAGCGGUGAUUGUUCAGUAUUCACUCUCUGAGACAGACACUGCAAGUGAAGCACUCGACUGCUUAUCAGACAUUGGAGGUUCAUGGUUUUCUUUGGUGGCACUAGAAGUAUCUUACGAUAGAGCAGCAGAAUCAGUGAAGCUGGAAAAGGAAAGAGAAGAGCACGUCUUUACAGUCAUUAGUAGACACCUGACGAAAGUCUCUCACCUGACGUCUGACUUCCAUAGCGUCGUCAAGGCUCCCAUUCGUAAAUUCGUAACAAAUAUUGUAAAGCAGGGCUUGCGAAGUUGGAGAGUGCUUGGAGAAGCACCCACAAGUUCUCCAUUUGAACAGAGGUUCGAAGCCGUAAAGGCCUACGUGCUUGGCGUGUGCAGUGUAGGCAAAAGGCAGGCAAAAUCAGAAGACCAUGAAGAGCCUGUCGUGCAGGUAUGUCGCAAGCCAAUUGCAUCUGACAAAUCUGAACGGAUUGAUGCCACCAGUAGUGAAGACGAUGUAAGGAGGGCUGUCACGGUUGGAGACGUGCGCCACAACUACAUUUUACGAAAGGCAUCCAAUUCUGUUCGAAAAUCGCGGAACGUAGUCGUACGGCAGCGCAAGAAAAUGUUCAAGCUGUGCGCUGUAGCUGAGAAAAUUGUAGCAAGGACAGAAAUUAGCUGUCAGGUGAUCCUCAACUGUUUAAAGACUAUAGUGAACGUAGUGGAACCAGCUGUAGUGAUGACGUGGAUCAUGGAGCAAGCGGUGCAAAAGUUGGAAGGGAAGGAGCUUAGCAGGUUCAGCGACGCAGCGUCUGCCGCCGCACAGUGGACGUGUGAGGCGCUCUGCGACGCGGAGGACGCGGUUCGACUCCACGGGGAGGCGAGCCAAGCCCUGCACGCGGCGUGGCGUGACCUGCACGUUAUGAGGAGCUACCAGCCACGCGGCACCGUCGCUUUCCGCCACAUUGCGGCAGCCGGAGACCGCUUCCUGGACUACAUUCAGCGACCUGACGCUAGUGUGGCCGGGGUGAGCAGCUGGGAGUCGGAGAUGAAGCUGAUGAGAGGCUCACUGUUACCAGUCCUGGACGACAUGAGAAACUACCGCGUUCUCAUUGAAGAGUGGAGCGAUAUGUGCAGCGAGACUGUGCCCGUUAUUGUACAGGCGCUGUCCUCAGCAACCCAGGGUUCUUGCAAUGCUAUUGAAGCAACACUGAAGGGCCUUCACCUGCUGGCAUGUGACAGCACGUAGAAAUAGCCUAACGAUCGUAAUUAACCUAUUUUAAUAUGUUAAUAAAUUGUGAGAAUAAUACACCCAAAUGAAUUAACUAACUUUGUACAUUUAGUUACUUUAUUACACUGUAACUAUUUGAUAACCCGGAAAAGAAAUAAAUUUUUUCACUUUUUGCCAAUCUAUUACUAAUAACAGAUGUGACCGUGCUUUACCAGCAACGAUAUCAUACUUAAGUCACACGUUUGCAGCUUACCAAAUAGGGUCCUCUGGGAACCCCAGAAAGUUAUGUUUGGUGAUACUAUUGCACCUGUAAGAACAUAUUUAUUAAUUUUUGUCUCUCCUGCGUGUGUUUAAGACACACAGGGUGUAACAAAAAUAAUCAUCUGACUUAAAAAUUCGUAACUGUUAUGUUAUUUGAGAUACUUACGUGAACACCGUACUAUUGGAAAGCGCAGACUCAAGAGUUUUACAUGGUUAAACUCCAGGUAGGAGCAGUGUGCGCUCACUUUAGUUCUAAUAAAAAUGGUGUCGGGACAACAGAAAGCGUUUUGUGUAAUACUUUUGUGGCAGUGCGGGUCGGUAACAACUGCUCAGCGUGACUUUCGUACCAGCUACGGUGGGGAUCAU